GUGCGCUGGUGAUUGGCAGGCCUCAUAUCUCUUGACCGCAUUUGCUCCUUUUGAUCAUCAGCUUCCUGAAGGUCUACAUUCUGGUGAAACCCCGUGAGAGGAAGAGAUCCUCUCACAGGUACCAUGGGUGCCUGCGUGUCUACAACCAGAAGGCGGAGGCCGCAGAGAUUGCGCUACAUACAUCGCCGCUACCGUGGAAAGGUUUCGAGGAACACGCCUGCCGUACGCCCCAGCGAUGCAGGGAGCUGUCCUGCUUCGGGAGAAGUUGUCUCGAAUGUAACAUUCCAUCUCACACAGUUGCAGUGGCAUCACAGUGAGCUAGACUCAGAGAAUGGAAACGUUGUGUGUGAAGAAGAAGCAUGGUUUGAUUCUGUCAGUAUUUUGGAGUCUGAUUCUGAUGAAGACUUCAGCAGUGUCAACGGAGACUUGCCUGCCAUAUCGAGUGCAGGAAUGACACAAUUGUUGCAGUGUGAAGAUGCUUCCUGCAUUGCUGAUUGCAUACAGAAGUUUGAGAAGAUUUUCGACGGUUCAUCUGUUGCUCAAGCUGUUGGACAGUACCUAACAAGAGAUGCAAACAACAUGGAUAAAUCAAGCCAACCCGGUGUUCAGGAAGCAGAGAGGCUUAAAAUCGCAAGCUCGGAAGCAUCCGAUGUCUUCAGCGCAAAGAUGGAGGAAGCAAAGGCAAGAAAUGAGGGCGGCGUAAAAAUGCUGACGAAACUUAGAAGAGGCGAGGAGGGCAAUGCCUUGAAGUCUUUCAAAGAUGGAGAAAAAUGUCAUGAAAGUAUCUUCAAAAGUUUGACACCGGUGUGCACGCCUCGGCAUGCUAAUAAGGUCCAGCCGUUGGGAGUAGCGAGCCCGCGGGGCCAAAAGAAGAAGUCAGGAGUUGUCAGGCUCUCUUUCACCAGAAAAUCUUUUGAUGGAGAGCAAACUACUGAAAUAUGCUCUUCUAGGAGGUACUUGAUCCGUCCAAGAGCCGGACUAUUGAUUCCUCAAGCCAGCGAGAAAGUAUUGGAAGGUUGUUGGUCCAUUCUUGAGCCUUCAAACUUCAAGCUACGCGGAGAAACCUUUUUCAGAGACAAAAAGAAGUCAGCUGCCCCAUCAAGUUGUCCAUACAGUCCGAUUGGUGUGGACAUGUUCAUGUCGCAAAGGAAAAUACAUCACAUUGCCCAGCAUAUUGAGCUUCCAUCUAUACAGCCAAGCGAGAAAAUUCCUUCCUUACUUAUUGUAAAUAUUCAGAUGCCUACAUAUCCAACUGCUAUCUUCCUUGGUGACAGCGACGGUGAAGGGAUUAAUCUAGUAUUGUAUUUCAAACUGAAUGAAAACUUCGAGAAAGAGAUUUCUCCUCAGUUUUAUGAGAGUAUCAAGAGACUUGUAAGUGAUGAGAUAGAGAAGGUCAAGGGGUUUCCAUUAGAUUCAACUGUACCUUACAGAGAAAGAUUGAAAAUAUUGACAGGGUUGGUUAACCCGGACGAUAUGAAUCUGAGUUCUGCAGAGAGAAAACUUGUGCAGGCUUAUAAUGAAAAGCCAGUUCUGUCACGGCCUCAACACAACUUUUAUGUGGGAUCAAAUUACUUGGAGAUCGACCUUGAUGUGCACCGGUUUAGCUUCAUAUCAAGGAAAGGGCUUGAAGCGUUUCGAGAACGGCUGAAACACGGUGUAAUUGAUCUAGGUCUCACCAUACAGGCUCAGAAGCAAGAAGAACUCCCUGAAAAUGUCCUGUGCAGUGUAAGGCUAAACCGGCUUGAUUUCGUCGAUCAUGGGCAGAUACCAACACUCCUUUGCGACGAAGAUUGACACUUCUUGCAUCUAAGUUAAACCUGAAGUUUCAGUCAGGACCUCAAGACGGAUGCCUGGGGCUUACAAGUUCUGACCCUUGAAGCUUGAUGAGCUUGCUUUUGCUGUGUGGGCUUGGAACUUAAGGGUUGCGUCGCUCUGCAAAUAGACCAACAGCUCCACCGCAAAGUUGUGUACAAACCUGCAUAUAUAGUCAAGUUCUUUGGCAAUCUGGGUUUGUGAGAUGAAUUUUACGCGAAAUCUGUGAGCUCCGCGAUUCAGGAAUUGA